CAGCACUGCAGCAACAUCAGCAUCAGCAGCAGCAGUGCGCUGAAUCGGGAGCUGUCUCUGGUAAUGUACCGUCGGAAACACACGCCCCUCUCCGCCCCUGCCGUGAGACAGGUGGUUGGACUGUGUCCUUCCAUCAUCCUCUCAGAAUAAUAAUAAUAAUAAAAAAACAUCUGUUGGCAGCAGCAGGCAAGGAAGGAAGGGUCCGUCGGCGCGAGCGCGUCCCCGAUGGGCUUCCAGCGUGCGACCUCCGCGAUCACCGGGCGGAUAGCGGGAGAGCGGGGCCACAACCGGAACGCACGAGGAGAGAGAGAGCGCGAGCCCCGCCGAUCUACUACCAAAUGUUUCCCAGCAAGCUGCUGCACGCGGGAGGGGUUUCACCCACGGAGGAAUGAGACGCACGAGUGAGAAGUUAACGCGGUUUCUGGAGGGAAUAUUCAUCUGAGAGGUGGCGGGGUUGUUGCUGACUAUAUCCCCCGCGCUCCGCUCCGGGAAAGUUCCCCCGGGAGGUUUCAUUAUCAUGGCUUCAGGCGCCGGUAAGGCUGUACAGAGCCCCGGGCCGGGCUCCGCCGUUAACGGGACUGCGGCAGAGUUCCAGAACAUCGAGCAGGAGCUGUACGACGACCAGAUGCACAGCAAGAUGUGCAAGAAGAUCGCUCAGCUCACCAAGGUGAUUUAUUCUCUGAACAUGAAGAAUGAGGAGCAGGAGGCGGCUCUGCAGGCCUUGAGUCAAGCUCACCACGAGGAGCUGCACCGCAUCCUGAUGGAGACGUGUCAUGAAGGGGACGGGUCACUGCUGAGGACACGCCUCCUUGAACUGCAGGUGUCUCUCGAUGAGCAGCAGAGAGUCGGAGCCCAGGUGCAGGCAGAUUUCGAGUGCUUCCGUAUCCAGGCAGAGGAGAGGGAGCGAGAAACCGAGGUGGAGCUGCGAAAACACUUUAAGGACAGGCUCCAGGCUGCGGAGGGAGAGCUCCACGAGGCCAAGGCUCAGAUCACUGCAGCCCAGGAGGAGAGCCUGAGGUUGAGCGAAGAAUUAGAGAAGGCAGAGGAGCAGAUCCAGAGGCUGGAUGCCAAAUGUGAGGAGCUGCAGAAAACUGCUGACAAGGAGAAGAAAAGGCAAGAGGAGGAGAGACAAAGAGAAGAUAAGGAGAAAAAGAAAGAAGAGGAGGAGAGACAAACAGAGCAGCGUGAGGACUUGGAACGAGUGAAAGCACUCUUGGAGGAGGUGAAGACGCUGAAGGAGGAGAGCGCUCGGGCCGAGGAGAAGUUGAGGCGUGCAGUGAAGGAGGAACGGGAGCAAUGGGAGCACAAGGUGAUGGAUCUAAACGAGGAGAAGGAGGACAUGAGGAAGAAGAUGGAGGCAGAAUGGAGGGAGGAGCGGCAGAGGUGGGAGGAGAGGGAGGAAGAGGAGAAGAAAGGUAUGCACAGUGCUCUCAGAGAAAGAGUGAAGAGGGCUGAAGCUGAGGUGGAAAGUCACCUGGAGAGGCUGGCUGAAAGCAAGAGAAGCGCGGUGAAACUGCAGGAGCGGAUACAGGACCUUGAGGAGGAGCUGGAGCUGGAUCGAAGGCGCGUGUCCGAGGCCGAGGGCGUGGCCAAGCGGGCAGAGGAGGAGCUAGCCGUCGCCAAGGAGCGGCUGCUGCUGCAGGAAGAUGAGCUUCAGAGAGGAGCAGAGGAGCUGCUGAACCGCGGCAGCUGCGACGUGUGCGUGUGCACUGAGGUGGAGGAGCUGAGGAGCCAGGCGAGCCGUCUGCAGAGCAGGAACAGAGAGCUGGAGCUACAGAGCAGCGGCCGAAACAACGACCACGCCCGGCAGAUACGUCAGCAUGCUGAGGCCCUGUCCAGUUUACGAUCAGAGAUGGUGAGAGCUCAGACCGAGGAGCUGCGGCGAAUCCAAAAGCAUGCAGACGAUGAGAAGGACAAGCUGCAGAAGGAGAUCGACAAGGAAAGAGAAAACCUACAGAAGGAGAGGGAGCAUUUAAAGGAGCAGCUGGAGAAGGACAGGAACAGACUGCGCAGGGAGAAAGAGGAGGAGAAGGAAUGGCUGCACAAACAAGCAGAGGACAUCAAAGAGCAUCUGCAUAAAGAGAAGGAGGAGGAGGUUGAGCGGAUGCGCAAGGAGCUGGAAGUCGAGAGGGUCCGUGUUCGCUCUCAGUUGGAUAAGAACAUCGAACAGGUGGAGGCAGAGAAAGUCAAUGUGCAACAGAGGCUGGAGGAGGAGAAGAGGAGGUUGGUGGAGAAGGCUGAGGAGGACCGGAAGCGGCUGAAGGAGCAGGUGCGGAAGGCAAUAGAGGAAGUGAUGAGGAGACACGCAGCCGAACUACACGGCGUCCAAGAAGCUCUGAGCUCGGAGAAGAAGACCAACAAAGAGGUGUGUGCACAUUUGGAGGAGGAGAGGAGGAGCAGCGACGAGCUACGCAAUGGGCUGGAAAAGGAAAUGGAGGAGCUGAGGGCAAAACUGAGAGAUUCUUCCAAUGAGGUGUGUCGGCUGGAGUCAGUGGUCCAGCAGCAGCAGCAGCAGCAGAAGAAAGAAAAGGUGACGCCUGAAGCCGCGUCCUCAUGUGGACCUCACUGCUCUCGCCUGGAAGAAGAGCUCCAUCAGACGCGGAGUCGACUGACUCGGAUUCAGGAGGAGGCAGAGAGGCAGCGAGACAGACAGCAGAGAGAGACUGCUUCCCUCAGAGCUGACAAGCACCGGCUGGAAGAGAAAGUCCUGGAACAGAGCCGACUGAACACGGAGAGGAGUCUUCUAGAGCAGAGCCAGCGGCACACGGAGGAUCGGAUCAGGGCAGAGUGUGAGGAUCGUCUCAGAGCAGAGUUCAGGAUAGAGAUGAACGCUGCUGUUGCCGAGAGUGAACAGAGAUGGCAGAAUCGAGAGCAGGAGCUGCAGACUCAGAUAUCUGAGCUGGAGAGUCAACUGACUGAGGAGGAGAAAAAGAAGGCGGGCCAGGGUGACGAUUGCCAUGGUAACCCUGAAAUUGACAGACUAAGGCAGGAGGUCCAAGACACGAAGGAGAUAAACAAAAAGCUGAGGGAGCUGCUGCAGGAGCCUCAAACCCAGUCUUUGGCCGAAGAGAAGCACAGUCACGCGAUGGCUCUGCAGGCACUAGAGAGACAAGCAAAAGAAGAUCUGCUGUCUGAGAGGAACAGACUACAGACAAUGCACCACCUGGAGCUAGAGAAGCAGCGUGCAGAGUUGACCCAACAGCACACGGAGUGGAGCAGACAGAUGACCCAGAGACACAUGCAGCAGAUUGAGGACCUACAGGCUCAGCUACAGGCACACACACAGAUGAUGGCUCUGCAGCAGGAUUUGAAGCAGCAGAACCAGCAUCAGGUUUUUGAGCGACAGCUAGAUGAGAGUCGCUGUGCCAUGCUGGAACUUCAGAGAGAGAAUGCGGCACUCAAGAAGCAAUUAAAGGACAAAUCAGUCCAGAAGAAUCCUGAAGCCGAGGAGAAAGAAGAGGAGAGCCCAGAUCUGAGGAAGACGCGAGACGCCCAGCUCGAAGAGGAAGCACAGCGUCUGAAGGAGGAAGUGGAGAAGCUGAGGGUGGAGAUGGAGAAACUGGAGGAGUCACAAAAACACUGGGAGGAGAAGAAGGAGGAGGACGUGAAAGAAGAGGAGUUGGAUGAGGAGAAGAAGAAGGAGCGGGAGGAGGAGAAGAGGAGGGAGGAGGUGGAGGAGAUCAAGAGGGAGCACAAGAAGGAGAUGCAGAGUUUGGUCUCUGAAUACAGCAGCGCGCAGUCACACCUGCAGGCUCGAAUCGUGGCCCUGGAGAACGAGCUGCGUGAGCGGGAGGAGCGCUGCAGAAGGAGGGAGCCUCGAUGUGACGACCUGCAGCUGGGGAGGCUCCAGGAGAGACUGACCGAGAGAGACCAGCUCAUCAAACGAUUAGUGGAGGAGAAGCAUCAGCUGCAGCUUCACCCUCCCGUUGCCGGGGACGGCAGCACCCUCAGGCCCCGUGACAGCAAGUCCCGCCCUGGGAGCGUCACGCCAACCAUGAGGAGGAAGUGCGCGGAGUCUCCUCCUCGUGUCACCAGCAUCCCCAGCACCAGUACUUUCGAGAGGAGCAUCUUCCCCCCCCACUCCUCCUCAUCGUCUUCCUCCUCUUCCUCCUUCCAUCAGCACUCCUCCACCCUCCCCCACCAGUCCACCUCCCACCCCCAGAACUCCCCCCACUACUCCACCUCCUCCCUUCCACACAAGCACACCUCCCUCUCCCUCAGCCAACAUUCCUCCCCCUCCCUCCCUCGCUCCGCAAGGUCCCGGACCUCCUGCAUCCCUCCAACCCCAGCGCCCACCGCCCCACUCCCCGUCUGCCCAUCAGCACAGACAGGUAUCCGAUACGUGUCCCCGUCUUGCCAGGAGCCCCACGCACACUUGCAGGCCCAAUCAAUCAGGGGCCCAUAUCUGGAGCCGAGGGGGACACAGGGGCUAAAACAGGAGUGGUUUACCAAAUACUUCUCCUUCUGAGCACAAACACACACAGAGCUGCAAGUACAUCUCAUAUACAGUUCAUUGCUUCUUACACACAUCUGUUAGCUUCACACACACAAACACACACACACAGACAGUGACAUACCAACAUUACAAACGUGGGCUCAUCACCAGCAAGGCCAUCUCAGUCAUUGCCUCAAAGCUCAACCAAAAAGUGCUUCUGAAACACAUGCCUGACCUCUUCUCAGAUCAUUGGCCUGCCGGAUCUUGUUUGUAUAGUUUGGAAUGUCUCCAUAUGUUUCCUUUUUUGAAAGCAGUCUUCCUUUUUUUAAUGCCAAUGUUUUUGCUCAAAUCUCAUCGUACGGUUAUUCCAGUGCAUUUGUUUUAAAACAAACACAAAUCUACAGCCAUGUGUGUCUUUGAGUAUGGGAGCAUUCGACAUAUUCAACCAAGAUCCUUGUCAAAAUGGACACACACGACACAACCUUACUGAAAUGAAGCUUGUUUUAAUGCAAAAAUGUAAAAUAAUCUUAAUGAACAAAUUGAAUA